AUGACACUGAUGGAGAAUAUUUCAGAGAUUACAGAAUUUAUUCUUGUGGGCCUAACAGAUGUCCCAGAAUUGCAAAUUCCUUUGUCUAUUGUCUUCACUCUCAUUUAUUUGAUAACACUGUUUGGGAAUCUUGGGAUGAUUAUGUUGAUUCUGAUGGACCCCCAACUACACACUCCAAUGUACUUUUUCCUCAGUAACCUCUCCCUGGUGGACUGUGUUUAUGCCUCAGCAGUUGCUCCAAAGGUAAUGGUUGGGUUUCUCACAGGAAAUAAGGUUAUAUCCUACAAUGCAUGUGCUACCCAGAUGUUCUUCUUUGUAGCCUUUGGCGCUAUUGAAAGUCUGAUUCUGGCUUCAAUGGCCUAUGACCGCCAUGCAGCAGUGUGUAAACCCCUGCACUAUACUACCAUCAUGACAAGUACCACAUGUGUCCUAAUGGUCGCCUGCUGUUAUAUGUGUGGAAUCUUGCAAUCCUCCAUCCAUGUUGCUCUUGCGUUUCAUCUUUCCUUCUGUCAUUCCAAUGUGAUUAAUCACUUUUUCUGUGACAUUCCUCCCUUGCUGAACAUUUCUUGUUCUGAUACCUACAUGAAUGAGAUUACACUCCUUCUCUUGGCUACAAUGGAUAUUGUUUUCACUCUUGUGGUCAUCUUGAGAACUUACAUGCUUAUUUUCAUCACUAUCCUGAGGAUGCAUUCAGCUGAAGCACAGAGAAAGGCCUUUUCUACCUGUUCUUCUCACCUCACUACUGUAUCUAUCUUCUUUGGGUCACUCAUAUUCAUGUACUUACAGCCCAGAACUCAUCAUUCCAUGAACACAGACAAAAUUGCAUCUGUGUUUUACACCAUGGUUAUCCCUAUGUUGAAUCCUAUGGUAUAUAGCCUGAGGAACAAAGAUGUUAAAAACGCAUUCAAGAAAGUUGUUGGAAAACUAAAUUCUUCACUGAACUUAGUCGUUUCAUUCUGA